AUGUACUUCGGGAACGCAGGGGUGACUGUAAAAGCCGUCAAAAAUUUCUUCCAAAGAAUCGGCAACGCUUUAAUGGUGUGUGAGAAGCCUAAGGCACUUUUGGAACGAUUUCAAUUGUUCUUCGAAGGGACUGCGCACUUCAAUGCUUUGCUUGUUGCGAAGAUGAAGGCAUCGUACACCAAUGUAUGGGAGAGACAGCUAGGAUCCGACUUUGAGGUUCCUUCACUAGGUCCUAUAAUAGUGGGCCUGCUCCCUGUGCAUAUCAAACCAACCCUCGCCCUAUUUGCGGAGGCCUCAAUCGACGCGAAAGCAACCGGGGAGGUUCAGUAUGGAUUUUCAGUAACCCAGACCUUGCGAGUCGGCUACAAAUGGGAGCCGGGGCCAAAGUCGAGCAGACCGAUGGUUGAACGCACGUUCGAUUUCAUGGAGCAUCCCUUCGUGGCGGCAACUCAGGGCACCGCUGAACUCAAACUGAAGCUGAAGCCUCGGCUCUUGCUCACAUUUGACCCUGUGCUCAGAACUAGCGUAACGCUCGCGCCCUACGUAGGCGUGGGUCUGAAUACCAAUGCUGCUGUCAAGCAACAAGGCGAGGCUGCUUUCUUUUUCAACCUUUCGGUGCAGCCGUUCUAUGGCAUGGACGUGACUUUCUGGCUGGACAAAAUAGGUCUACCUCCUUUCGACCUGGGACCCUUGGGAAAGAUCACCCCUGAGAAGAUCGGAAGAUCAACACUGCCAAAGGAGUGGCCUAUAACUUUGCGCCUCGGCAAGAAAGGAGCAGUGCGGGUUCCCAUACCAGGGCGCCUGUGCCCUGACUAUCCGAUUACGGUAACAAGCCCGAAUACAACCAGCAAGCUGCUCCCCGGCAAGACCUUCAACAUUACCUGGCUGGGAGGCGAUCCGUAUUCAACUGUCUCCAUUCAAAUCCGCACCAGUGUCCUCGCCCCUUGGCAAAUUGGAAGCUCGACCAACGGGUUGCCCGCAGGACCCGUCCCGAAUACAGGUUUCUGUGCUUGGACGGUUCCAGCCUCCCUUAUUUCGGGCAAAAACUAUCAGCUUGGGGUAAUCUCCGGACGUAGUUCCACGAACGUUAUUAGCCGACGCGAUUCGACAAGCGAUUCGCCAAACUACGGCAUCAAUCAGGGCUACUUCAGCGUCUGCGCACCGCGAUCUAGCUCGGCCAAAUGCGUCGUAUGCAACUCGGGGUGCGAGGGAGGUUGUACCGACUCAUCUGCGAAGAGUUGUGUCGAUUGCAAGAACAUGAAAUACGACGGGUUCUGCGUGGCGGAGUGUCCCGUGGGAACGCAGGCUGGUUCCAGCAAGAACUGCAUCCCCAUUGUCGAAAGCACUUCAGCCACGGCCAGCGCGGUCGCCAGGGCCAGCACGGUCAGCACAACCUCGUGA